AUGACCCCCGAAUUCAAAUACGUUCGCGAGGUCGCCCCUGCAGAAGGGGACUACUCCGGCAGCCCAGACGGCUACAAUGGCAAAGAAUCUCCCGUCUACGGCGAGUUCGAGGACAAAUACAUGACGGACGUGCGUUGCGGCCGAGAUGCCUUUGCCACAGGGGCAUCCAAGACCGAAACAGCAAUCAUCGAAGCGGGAAGCGAGGUUGGGUUUCAUAUCAAGGAGUUCAAGGACACGCAAUUCAAUAAUGGGAUUUUUCAUCCGGGCCCGGCACAGGCAUACAUGAGCAAGUCUGAGGACCUGACUGCAGAUGAGGGGGGCGGCGACUGGUUCAAAAUCUACUACCUCGGGCCUGAUAGCGAUACUCACUGGGCUACGGAUGGUGCGCAUCAGAUCAACUUCACCAUUCCGCUCACCACCCCACCAGGUACUUAUCUCCUCCGGCUCGAAGUCCCCUUCCCGAUCAAAGACUGGCCCGGCCACAGCCAAUGGUACGUCAACUGCGCACACGUCGAGAUUGUGGGCGUAGGCGGAGGCACACCCGGUCCGACGAUCAGAAUUCCGGAUGAUUAUAGCAGCUACGAUGAGGGGAUUGGGAUGACGACUCCAGGCGUAGAAUUCGAUGCGGGGCUGAAUAAGUACGUUCCGCCAGGGCCAAAGGUUUGGACAGGUUAG